AUGACUGCGCCGAUUGAUCAAAGCGCUCUCGAAACGCUGCUCGACUCUUCGCGCAUCGGCAUCCUCGACGGAGGACUGGCCACCUAUCUCGAAGAUGGACUCAACUUUGACCUCUCCAAAGGACCGCUUUGGAGCGCACGUCUGCUCGACGAGAAAGAGGAAGACGUGAGCGACGGCAAGGGUCAAAAGGGAAUCUACGAUGCGCAUCUCCACUACCUGCAGGCGGGAGCGGGAAUCAUCGGCACUUCGACUUAUCAGGCGUCGCUGGAAUCGUUUGAGCGCGCCCAGUACGACAAGGAGUCGGCAUCGCGCAUCAUGUCAAAAGCAGUCGAUCUGGCGUGCGAAGCCGUCAACACUUACAACAGCGGCAGCCAUUCUGUCCGUCCCUUGAUCAGUCUCAGCCUUGGGCCCUACGGUGCCAUGCUGAGCAACGGCGCGGAAUAUACUGGCGACUACCGACGCACGUUCCUCGCGGAAUCGGAUCCGCAGCGCGAGCAACAACCGUUGAUCGAAGAAAUGGCAGCAUUCCACCAGCGAAGGAUCGAGGCAUUCGUGGCGCAGCCUAGCUGGAAGGAUGUUGGUGUACUGGCGGUGGAGACGGUGCCACGAGCAGACGAGGCACUCGCCUUCCGCAUCGCGCUCGAAAACGUCGUCAAGAGCCACGCCCAACGAGGCAUCGCGCUCGAGAAGAAGCCCGUCUAUAUCAGUUUAGCCUUCCCGGACGAUCGCCGCCUGCCCUGGCCGCCUCUGAACACCGGAAGCAACAAUGACGAGACGGACGGUGACGUUGAUAUGGAUGAAGACGACGACGAGGAUGCUGCGGACCAAGACGGCGCGGUGCAGGAGGAGAUGGACUGGCUCGUGCAGAUUGUCAGCGACACUGUCGUACAGGGUCAAGCGUCUCAGUGGCCGAUCUCGGGCAUCGGCAUCAAUUGCACCAAGCCAUACCUGCUUCCAAGGCUGGUGGAGCGCAUGUCAGCAUCGCUCGCGACGCUCAACCGUCCGGCGAGCGAAGGCGGAUGCGAUCUGGAGCGCAAGAGGAGCUCCUUGGGCAUGCAGAAGCCGCUGCUGUUCCUGUACCCCGACGGUGGACUGGUCUACGACCCAGUACGAAAAGUCUGGCUCACGCCCUCCACUGCAGGGCCGUACGGAGGCGACAAUUCGGCCGCGUCGUGGGCUGCCAACCUGAUGAAGCUCGCCAAGCGCAUCACCUCGGGCGGCGAUGCAAGCUUCCCGGACGUGUGGAGCGGCGUCUUUGUCGGCGGCUGCUGCAAGAGCGGAACCGACGAGAUCCGGGCGCUCUGCCAGUGCAGAUCGCUCUGA